AGCGGGAGCGGAGGCCUAAUGGGGGUCCCGGCGUUUUUCCGCUGGCUGAGCCGCAAGUAUCCGUCGAUCAUCGUCUCCUGCGCGGAAGAGAAGCCAAAAGAAUGCAACGGGGUCAAAAUUCCAGUUGAUACCAGCAAGCCAAACCCAAAUGAAGUGGAAUUUGAUAACUUGUACUUGGAUAUGAACGGCAUCAUCCAUCCCUGUACACAUCCUGAGGAUAAGCCAGCACCCAAAAAUGAAGAUGAAAUGAUGGUGGCCAUUUUUGAGUACAUUGAUAGGCUUUUCAACAUUGUGAGACCAAGGCGGCUUCUCUACAUGGCUAUAGAUGGAGUGGCUCCCCGGGCGAAAAUGAACCAACAAAGAUCCCGAAGAUUUAGAGCCUCAAAGGAAGGAGUAGAGUCUGUAGAAGAGAAACAGAGGAUAAGGGAAGAAAUCUUGGGGAAAGGUGGCUACCUUCCUCCAGAAGAAAUCAAAGAAAGAUUUGACAGCAAUUGCAUUACUCCGGGAACAGAAUUUAUGGACAAUCUGGCGAAAUGUCUCCGCUAUUACAUUGCUGAUCGCUUAAACAAUGAUCCAGGGUGGAAAAACUUGACAGUUAUCUUGUCUGAUGCCAGCGCUCCCGGUGAAGGCGAACACAAAAUCAUGGAUUACAUACGAAGGCAACGAGCUCAACCGAAUCAUGACCCAAACACUCACCACUGCUUAUGUGGAGCUGAUGCUGACCUCAUUAUGCUUGGAUUAGCUACGCAUGAACCCAAUUUUACUAUAAUCAGAGAAGAAUUCAAGCCUAAUAAACCAAAGCCAUGUGGUCUUUGCAACCAAUUGGGACAUGAAGUUAAGGACUGUCAAGGUUUGCCGAAAGAAAAGCAAGGAGAGCAUGAUCAGUUUGCAGAUUGUCUUCCCGGCCAGGAACAAGAGUUUAUUUUUAUCCGCUUAUGUGUUUUGAAAGAAUAUUUGGAAAAAGAGCUAACGAUGGCCAGUUUACCUUUCCCUUUUGAUAUUGAAAGAAGUAUCGAUGAUUGGGUGUUCAUGUGUUUCUUUGUGGGAAAUGACUUUCUUCCACAUCUGCCCUCAUUAGAAAUCAGGGAAGGAGCAAUCGAUCGUCUUGUGAAUAUAUAUAAAAAUGUUGUACACAAAACUGGAGGGUACCUUACAGAAAAUGGCAUUGUCAACCUACAAAGAGUACAGAUGAUCAUGUUAGCUGUUGGGGAAGUUGAAGAUAGCAUUUUUAAGAAGAGAAAAGAUGAUGAGGAAAAUUUCAAAAGAAGACAGAAAGAGAAAAAAAAAAGAAUGAAGAGAGAACAACAUUCUAUGGCUGGCGGACAAUUCACGCCACAACCUUUGGGGAGGGGAAAUCGGUCAGGCCAUCAGCCAAUCAACAAUCCAAGACAAGUGGCCUUUGAAAUGAGAACACAGAACUCGACUCCUUCAUCUUCUUCUAAUACAAGCUUCACAUCCGAUGGUACGCCAGGAGGCAUUAAGCGAAAAGCGGAGGACAGUGAUAGCGAACCUGAGCCUGAAGAUAAUAUCAGGUUAUGGGAAGCUGGCUGGAAACAGAGAUAUUACAAGAACAAAUUUGAUGUUGAAGUGUCUGAUAAUAAGUUCCGUCGUAGAGUUGUACAGUCUUAUGUGGAAGGACUUUGCUGGGUUCUCCGAUACUAUUAUCAGGGAUGUGCCUCCUGGAAAUGGUAUUAUCCUUUCCAUUACGCACCAUUUGCUUCAGAUUUUGAAGCAAUUGCAGACAUGCCUUCAGACUUUGAAAAGGGAACACAACCGUUCAAACCUCUGGAGCAACUCAUGGGGGUGUUUCCAGCAGCCAGUGGUAACUUUCUCCCACCAUCUUGGCGAAAACUUAUGACCGAUCCGGAAUCAAGUAUAAUUGACUUCUACCCUGAGGACUUUGCUAUUGAUCUGAAUGGAAAGAAAUUCGCUUGGCAAGGUGUUGCUCUGUUGCCAUUCGUUGAUGAACGCCGUCUGAGAGCUGCUUUAGCAGAGGUUUAUCCUGACCUCACUUCUGAAGAAACCAGAAGAAAUAGUCUUGGCGGUGACAUUAUCUUUGUUGGGAAACAUCAUCAGCUUCAUGACUUUAUUCAUGAGCUGUACAAGUCCGAUGGCAAAGAGCCGGUGGACAUGCCUCCUGAACUGUGUCAUGGGAUUCAAGGAAAACUUUCUCUGAAUGAGAAUCCAGUUCUUCCAGAUGAGACGGUUUGCUCUCCUGUGCCAUUGCUGCGUGACCUGACUCAGAACUCAGCAAUAAGCAUCAACUUCAAAGACCCGCAGUUCCAAGAUGACUUUAUUUUUAAGGCUGUGGUGUUACCUGGGGCAAAAAAACCAUCACCAGUUCUGAAACCAGGUGACUGGGAGAAAACAAACAAUGAUGGCAGACCCUGGAGGCCACAGCUGGGCUUCAAUCGCGACAGGAGGCAGGUUCACUUGGAUCAGUCGGCGUUCCGAACAUUAGGCCAUACAAUGUCAAGGGACAGAGGACAGUCCGGCAGUGGAGUUUACAGCAAUAUUGGUCCCCCAGGAGCUUAUAAUCAGGGAAGCUCAUACAGACCACUGCUGAGCAGACCACAACAGAUUCCAAAGCUGCUAUCGAAUAUUAGGCCCCAAGAAUCGUGGCAAGGGCCCACACCUCUGUUUCAACAGCCACGGCAGAGAUACGACAGAAAUUCCGGGGCCACCCCUCUUCUGGCUUGGAACCGCAUGCCUCAUUCCCAAGGGGCCCCAUACCAGCAGAACCACUACCAAGGGCCAGGUGGGCCAAUGAACUACCAACAAGGGCCCAAUGAUCGGAGGGAACGGGGAAGACAGGGUUACGGAAGACCUUACCCUUUGCCACCCUCCUCUGGAAGAUACAAUUGGAACUAGGCCGUGGCUGUUUUCCACCACUUAAACACCCCUGUUUUUAUUACCAUAAGCUGUCAUCUGAGUAGUCUUCGGAUGAUACACUUCCUUUAUAAAUCGUGUACAUUUUUACUGAUAAGGUUUGAUAUGACUGGUAUGUCGCUUUGAAACUGGACUGCCGAAGU